AUGACUAUGCCGACUACACCAAAGGCAAAUAAGAAGAAAGUGGGUAAUACUGGCUCGUCCCAGAAGAAACUGAAGCAGAGCACGCUGCUGUCGUUCUUCUCGAAGCAGACAUCACCCAGUGUCUCCAAGAGCAAAACUAAAGUAUUUCCUAGCCCCAAAUCAAGGGAAAGCGAGAAGGAGGACCAGAAAUCCCUAUUUGUAACAGAUGAAGACACAAAGGAAAAUGUAUCAGAAGUUGCACAACCUGAGCCAGCGACUGAAAUAUCAAAAGCAUCACCUGUUGCGUCGGUGGCUGUUGAAAAGACCCCAAUCAAGGAUGAUAAUAUCAAAGUCAAGGAGGAAUCUACCGAGCAAAAUGAUGAUGACACUAAAGAUACUCAAACAGUCGGUAGAGUACGGAAGAGGGUUGUGAGCUAUGCGGAAGAAAGCGAUAGUGAGGAUGAUAUUACCGUCAAGAAGAGAAAAAGAACACCUGUUAGUGAUGAUGAAGAUAGCGAUUUCAAAGCAGAUGCAGUUUCCGACGCCGACAAUGACGAUGAUUAUAAAUCUGAUAAGAGUGCAGUGAGCUCAAUAGGCGGCUUCGAUGACAGUGAUGAUGACGAUAUUCUAGCAUUAACAACUAACAAAUAUAAGAAACCCAAGGCUGCUGCGCCAAAGAAGGUGGUACAGCGCAUUACUCCACCGGCGGCAAAACCUAAAUUCACAAUGGCCACAACAGGGCCCAAGAAUAACACAUUCAAUAAACAAAACGAGGAAAGAUACCAAUGGCUAGUAGAUGAAAGAGAUGCCCAAAAAAGGCCCAAGGAUGACCCUGAGUAUGAUCCUCGUACCCUGUAUAUACCAUCAUCAGCUUGGAACAAGUUUACACCAUUCGAGAAACAGUAUUGGGAAAUCAAGUCAAAGAUGUGGGACUGUAUCGUAUUCUUUAAAAAAGGUAAGUUUUUUGAGUUAUAUGAAAAAGAUGCCUUUUUAGCAAACGCCCUUUUUGAUUGGAAACUUGCCGGUGGUGGGAGAGCUAAUAUGCAACUUGCUGGUAUACCAGAAAUGUCUUUCGAGCACUGGGCAUCGCAAUUCAUUCAGUUGGGAUACAAGGUAGCAAAAGUGGAUCAAAGAGAAUCGAUGCUUGCCAAAGAAAUGAGGGAGGGAUCGAAGGGUAUUGUAAAGAGAGAACUACAAUGUGUUUUGACAAGUGGUACAUUGGUUGACGGGGAUAUGAUACAUUCUGAUUUAGCCACAUAUUGUUUAGCUGUUAGAGAGGAACCAUCGAAUUUUUAUGACAUAACACAGCCGAGCUCUGCUACAUACACUAAGAUAUUUGGUGUCGCUUUCAUUGAUACAUCUACAGGUGAGGUUCAAAUGACAGAAUUUCUAGAUGACGAAGAGUGCUCGCGCCUUGACACUCUAAUGUCACAGGUGAGGCCGAAGGAAGUUAUUAUUGAAAAACAUAACCUUUGCAAUCUGGCAAACAAAAUAGUUAAAUUUUGUGCCGCUCCAAAUGCUCUCUUCAAUUACAUAAAGCCUGUAGAAGAAUUUUACGACUUUGAAAAGACACACAAUGAGUUACUGGCAAAUGAGGAGGCAUACUUUGGUACAGCAGAUGGGUGGCCUAGCGUGUUGAAGAACUAUUAUGACUCUAAUAAAAAAGUGGGAUUUUCUGCAUUUGGAGGUCUUUUAUACUAUCUAAAAUGGCUAAAAUUAGAUGAAAGUUUGAUAUCAAUGAAGAACUUCACUGAAUAUAACUUUGUUAAGUCACAAAAUACAAUGGUCUUGGACGGUAUAUCUUUACAAAAUUUGGAGAUAUUUAGCAAUUCAUUUGACGGAAGUGAUAAAGGCACACUGUUUAAAUUAUUUAACAAUUCGAUAACUCCAAUGGGGAAAAGAAUGAUGAGGAAGUGGCUAAUGAAUCCACUUCUUCUGAAAGAGGAUAUAGAGAAAAGACAAGAUAGUGUCGAGCUGCUGAUGAAUAACCAUGAAUUGAGAACAAAAAUCGAAUCCGUAUUUACUGGACUUCCUGAUCUCGAAAGAUUGCUGUCAAGAAUUCACGCAGGCUCUCUGAAAGUUAAGGAUUUUGACAAAGUAAUCACUGCGUUUGAGAAUAUUUUACAAAUGACAAAAGAAAUUGAAAGUAACGAGUUACAUGGCGCUUUAAAGUCAUACUUUAUCCAAAUUCCAAAACAACUAGAAAAUGAAGUUCAGCACUGGGAAUCUGCUUUUGAUAGGAGAAAGGCUGUUGAAGAAGGUGUUAUCAUCCCGGAAGUUGGUGUUGAGCCUGAUUUUGACAAAUCAUUGGAAAAAUUAGAGGGACUAGAGAACGAAUUGAAUUUAUUAUUAAAAAGUUAUAUGAAGCUAUUAAAAACUUCCAAUUUGCAAUAUAAGGACUCUGGUAAAGAAAUUUAUACAAUUGAAGUGCCAGUCAGUGCCACUAAAUAUGUGCCAGCAAAUUGGGUUCAAAUGGGUGCUAAUAAAAAUACUAAAAGAUACUACUCAGACGAAGUUAGGGUUCUAGCCAGAUCAGUUGCUGAAGCCCGUGAACUACAUAAAACUUUGGAGAACGAUCUUAACUUCAGGUUAUGCAGAAAGUUUGACACGCAAUAUUCAACUGUCUGGAUGCCAACGGUAACUUGUUUAGCGAAUAUUGACUGUUUGCUAGGAUUGGUUAGGACCUCAGAAUCUCUUGGAACGCCGUCUUGUAGGCCAGUUAUAUGUGAUGAGGUCGAUCCAUCUACCAAGUGCAAAAAACAAGGAUUUGUUGAUUUCAAAUCUUUACGUCACCCAUGUUUUAAUCUCGACAGCCGAGUCAAUAAAGAUUUUAUCCCUAACGAUGUCACCUUGGGUAAUAAAUCACCGAAUAUUGGUUUACUGACAGGUGCUAAUGCAGCAGGUAAGUCGACAGUUCUACGGAUGACAUGUAUUGCAGUGAUAAUGGCACAACUUGGCUGCUAUGUACCAGCUGAAUCUGCAAGCUUAACUCCAAUAGAUAGAAUUAUGACUCGUCUUGGCGCCAAUGAUAAUAUUAUGCAGGGCAAGUCGACAUUUUUUGUUGAAUUAUCUGAAACUAAGAGAAUACUUGAUCUAGCAACAAAUAGAUCAUUAUUAGUUCUUGAUGAGUUAGGAAGAGGUGGCUCAUCCAAUGACGGUUUUUCUAUUGCAGAAAGUGUUCUACAUCAUGUGGCAACACACAUUCAGAGUUUAGGAUUUUUCGCAACACAUUAUGGUAGUCUUGGUUUGAGUUUUAGAUCUCAUCCUCAGAUUAAGCCAAUGAAAAUGAGCAUACUGGUCGAUGAAGCGACAAGGAAUGUCACUUUCCUGUAUAAGUUGGUGGAUGGACAGAGUGAAGGUUCGUUUGGUAUGCACGUUGCAUCAAUGUGCGGUAUAGCAAAGUCAAUUGUUGACAAUGCGCAAUCAGCAGCAGAUAACCUGGAACAUACUUCAAGGUUAAUCAAAGAAAGAAAGGAAGCGUUGCAAGGGCAUGCUGAUCCAGGUAGUAUGGUUCCUCUUGGUCUACAAAGUGAUUUUACUCGAUUGGCGUUCGGUGAUGGUUUGAAUAACAAAUCAGUAGGUACAGGUGAAGGUGUUCUGGUAUAUGAUAAUAACGUCAAAUCGAAUGUUCUUCGCAUAUUAUUUAAUAUGAUUGACAGAUUAGAGGAUUGA